CCCUGCUCCAUGUAUCAUGAUGAGGGGAGCAGAGGAGGCGUGCGCCCUGCGAGACGCACAGAGCGAGGGGCAGAGUGAGGACGCACAGAGGAGCUGACGGAGCAUUAAUGAGACACUGGCCAGAGUUACAGGGAUGCAGUUGUAGUCUCACUCCUCCACUGUUCUCAGGCCUGAUCUGUGGACUCCAGAGCGAGGACACGGGGACCUUUUGACAUUUUUUUUUUUUUUUUACAAAGCAAACUUUUAGUGGAUUACUUUAUUCGCAGAAAUGGGAUUGGAACGGUUUUGCGCAAAGACGCCGAGGAUGGUGCCGCGUCUCUCCCGCUCGCUCCUUUGUAUCAUCGGACUCUCACUCACCUUCUCUCCGCCUGCCUGCGAGGCGUUCAACUUGGACGUGGACAAUCCAGCUGUUUACAGCGGACCUCCAGGGAGCUACUUCGGAUAUGCUGUUGACUUUUAUUUGGCUGAUUCUGCCAGUGCAAGCGUGGUGAUAGGAGCUCCCAAGGCCAACACGAUGCAGGUCAAUGUUACAGAAGGAGGAUCCGUGUUCUACUGUCCAUGGAGCCUCGGCCAAUCAGAUUGUCACACCAUUGAGUUUGAUACAGAAGGGGAUCGCUCUAUUUCACUCCAGGACACAGAGCAACAGAUUGAUUUCAAGUCCCACCAAUGGUUCGGCGCCACCGUGCGUUCCCACGGUGACACAAUUCUGGCUUGUGCUCCUCUCUACUCUUGGCGGACUAAAAAAGACACCCCCCUCUCUGACGCGACAGGAACCUGCUACCUCUCGGUCCAUAAUUUCACCAAAUUCGUGGAGUACGCUCCCUGUCGCACAGAGAUCAGUGAUGCUGUGGGACAAGGCUACUGUCAGGGAGGAUUCAGUGCCGACUUCACAAAGGAUGGCAAAGUGGUGUUGGGAGGGCCGGGCAGCUACUUCUGGCAAGGUCAGGUGAUUUCUGCAGCGAAGGAGGACAUUGUCAAAGCUUACUACCCAGGUUAUUUCAUGCAAUCUGUGGAGGGCCAGAUUCAGACCAAACAGGUCCAGGCUAAACAUGAUGACAGCUACCAAGGCUACUCUGUUGCUGUUGGGGAAUUCAGCGGUGAUCAAGUUGAAGAUUUUGUGGCUGGCGUUCCAAAAGGACUCAUGCUUUAUGGUUCGGUGUGUAUUCUGAAUGGUACAGAUCUGAAGGCCAUGAUUAACUACACUGGCGAGCAGAUGGGAUCAUAUUUUGGCUAUGCAGUGGCAGCGACUGACAUCAACAGCGAUGGGAUGGCUGACCUGCUGGUGGGAGCUCCCAUGUUCAUGGUCCGGGGCUCUGGCGGCCGGCUUGAAGAGAUGGGCAGGGUCUACGUUUACCUGCAGCGUGAUCCCCUGAACCUGGAGCUAAGCCUGCCUCACAUCACUGGCACCCAGGCGUUUGGUAGAUUCGGCAGCACCAUUGCACCACUGGGAGACCUGAACCAGGAUGGUUUCAAUGACGUGGCCAUUAGCUGUCCCUUUGGAGGAGACGACCAGCAGGGACUGGUCUAUAUCUUUAACGGAUACUCAGAAGGACUCAGGGAAAAGCCAUCUCAGGUGAUCACUGGCCAGUGGGCUGCUGAAAUGAUUCCUGCCAGCUUUGGGUUCGCUCUCAGAGGUGCUAAAGACCUGGACAUGAAUGGAUACCCUGAUCUCAUUGUUGGUGCUUUUGGCGUGAAUAAAGCAGUUCUUUAUAGAUCUCGCCCCAUAGUGAACACCAGUGCCUCUCUGAUAGUUUCCCCCACCAUGAUCAACCCUGAGGAGAAGAACUGCAUUGUCACCAGCGGGAACACCAGCGUCCCUGUUUCCUGUGUCAACCUGAGUUUCUGCAUAUCUGCUGAUGGGAAGCACCUACCAGACAUUCUAGAUUUCCAGGUGGAGGUGCAGCUCGAUAGUCAUAAGCACAAGCAGAGGAGUGCAGUGAAGAGGGCUCUGUUCUUGGAUUCCCAGCUGCCCUUGCUCCAGAGACGUGUGAGGGUUCGCCAUGGCGAGCGUGUGUGCAACCAAACAAAGAUCUACCUAAGGGAUGAGAAAGACUUCAGGGAUAAGCUUUCCUCCAUUCAUGUGGCCUUGAACUUCAGCCUGGAUCCAAACGCUGCAGCCGACUCCCACGGUCUGCGUCCCAUCCUGAACUAUCAGACCACCAACGUUAUCGAGCAGAAGGCUCAGAUUCUGUUGGACUGCGGAGAAGACAAUAUCUGUGUCCCGGAUUUGAAGCUGGCAGUUCACGGGGACAGGAAGGAAGUCUACCUGGGUGACGACAACUCGCUGACUUUGACCAUUAACGCCAAGAACGAGGGCGAGGGAGGCGCAUACGAGGCCGAGCUGUACGUGGUGCUGCCUCCUGAAGCUGACUACAGCGGAAUUGCUCGCAAUAAUGAGAGCCUGACGCAGCUGACCUGCAGCUACGAGACAGAGAACCAGACUCGAUACCUCAGCUGCGAUUUGGGAAAUCCAAUGAAGUCUGGUACCAGUCUGUGGGCAGGUCUGCGCUUCACGGUGCCACGGCUGAAGGACACGCACAAAAACGUUCAGUUUGAGGUGCAGAUUCGCAGUAAAAAUGAGAAUAAUUCCCACAGUGAGGUUGUACCCUACAAGCUGGAGGUGGUUGUCCAAGCUGAAGUCAUUCUGCAGGGUGUGUCUCGACCAGAUAAGGUCUUCUUCCCGCCGGCCAACUGGAAGGUGACCAAAAACUACGGGGUGGAGCAGGAUGUUGGGCCUGCAGUGGAACAUAUCUAUGAGUUGUUGAACAACGGGCCCAGUCGGAUCAGCCACACCCUUCUCGAGCUGCGCUGCCCCCUCAGUGUCCAGGGCCACAAUCUCCUUUACCCCCUGGAGUUCUCCACAGAAGGAAACAUCAACUGCACCUCCGACAAGAACAUGAACCACCUACACCUAAAACUCCAGCGCACGUCAACAGAAACACCGAUCCUGGCUCUGAAGGCCCCGGAGCACCGCGUGGAGAGGAGGGACGUCCACAGGAAUCAGCUCGCUCAUUUGACUAACCUG